AUGACGGACCAUGAGGAUUCCAGCAGCAACGACGAGGGUGGCGCCGAGACCGGCGUUGUCGACAACGCGGCCACGACGGGGGCUAGAAAGGACGACGUUAUUCCCACGCUGCUUCUGGACGUGGUCGAGCGCCUGACCAAGAUCGCUGUGAUGUGCGAAUCGCCGAACACCGCCGACCCCUCCAGCGUGAAGAACCUCGUGAAGAACAUGUACAAGUUCGAGAAGGCGCUGCGCAAGCUGCAGAAGGUCUCGCAGCAGGAGCAUGACGGCACCGACACCAUUUUCAAGGGCGCCCUCAGAGCUGUUGACAACUACGUGAACCCGUACGACUGGGCAAUGACGAAUGUAGUGAACAAGUACCGCACUGCGGGCAUGAAGCUGGACACCGCCCUCGACGCCGUGGACAUGCUGCACAAGAAGCUAGUUGAACGGCUGCAGAACAACCCCGCGCAAAAUGACGCCAAGGACGUGGCCAGCGAAACGGCGGGCGAUGUGGUCAACGAGGCCGCGUGA